CUGUCCCAGAAGUUGAGAGUCGGAUAAAUUGCAUGCAUGAUUGUAACAUCUUAGGAGUUCCUGAAGGAAGCGGAUAAAACACAGCCUUCUCAUAUUAGAACUAUAAGAAGGUCGAUCAUUUCAACAUUCAACCUUCACUUUACUCUACCAUCACAAACAAUAAAGAAGAAUGGCAUAUCCAUACAAUAAUCAACCUUAUGGCGGAUAUGGUGGCGGAGCACCACCUCCACAACAAUAUGGAUACGGAGGACCACCACCUCCUCAACAACAUCAUCACCAUCAACAUCAUGGUCAUCCGCCCGGAUUCAAUGCACAACUUGUUGUUGAUAAUAUCAGAAAAGCAACAAAAGGUUUUGGAACAGAUGAAAAGCUUCUUAUUCAAACACUUGCACCUUUAGACGCAAUGCAAAUCGAUGCAACUUCUCAUCAAUUUCGUGCAACGGUCGGUAAAGAUUUGAUGACUGUUUUGGAAAAGGAGACCAGUGGCUGGUUCGAAGGAAGUUUACGUGCGAAAUGUUUAGGUCCUUUAGGAUACGAUGUUUGGCUCAUUCAUCGUGCUUGUCAAGGUGCGGGAACACAUGAAGAUCUAUUGAACGAAGUACUCUUGUGCAGAACCAAUUCAGAAAUCUGGAUGUUGAAACAAGCUUAUCGUGCAACAUACAACAAGGAUAUGGUCAAGGUAGUAGAAGAUGAGCUCAGUAUGAAGACAAAGAGAAUGUUUGUGAUGGCAUUAGAGGGCACCCGAAUGGACGAUAAUGCACCUGUAGACCACAAUAUGGUAGAACAAGAUGCUCGUGAAAUAUACAAAGCAGCUCGAGGCGCAGGAACAGAUGAAAUCAAGAUCUGUGGAAUCAUGAUCUCACGUUCUACGCCACAUUUGCAAGCCCUGAAUCAGGCCUAUCAACAUCACCAUCGUAAAUCGUUGGCAGAUAUGGUGAAAUCAGAAUUCAGCGGACAUAUGAAAGAGGCGCUGCUGUACAUUGCAAAUACUGCUUUACCUGGACCGCCAGGUAUUUCAAGAGAUGCCCACCUUUUGGAAGAAUCGAUGAAAGGCAUGGGAACAAAAGAUGAACGUUUGAUCUAUCGUGUCAUGCGUGCUCAUUGGAACAGAGGUAGAUUUGAAGAAUUGAAACGAGCAUAUGCUGCUACCCAACAUCGAAAAGGAUUGCAAAAUCGAGUGGAAGGGGAAACGUCUGGCGAUUACAGGAGAUUCAUGUCUGCUGUCAUUGGUCCUUGAUCUGUUUGUGUUACUUGGCUUUUUCUGCUGUAUCUAUAUCUGCUACUUUCGU